AUGGAACUGCCUGAGGAACUUUACCUCGAGAUCUUCUCAUACUUGCCCCAGCAUCAUCUACGCUUAGUGUCUCAAACAUGCCGCACUUUCGCGACCCUUACAAAGUCGUUGAUAUUCCAGACAAUCCAUUUGGACGGCUCAGCCCAGACCGGAUUCGGUCGAGUGGAGGAUGGCCAGUAUAAAAUCCAUCCCGGCCGUUCACGGACGAUGGAACUCGGCUCCCUGGAAAGUAUCGUGGAUGAGCUGUUGGCACUGGACAUUGCGCGCCAUGUUCGCAAGCUAAAGUUCAGUCCUGGCUACUACGUAGAUGGUUUCUGGUCGAACUAUCGCCAAUGGCUAGAGAGGGAACAGGACUACGAGGAAGACUUCCACAGUAUGUAUGACGCAGAAGACUUCGAGACGGAUUCCGAGGGCGAAUAUGUUGGUAUCCGUCGUCGCGCUGAGGAACGGCUGGCAAGACCUGGUAAAGAGCGGAACUUGAUUGAGCAGGCGGAAGCGAUCUGGGCCUCUAAGGUUGAGGAGCAGCGCGAAAGGGCAGACGGAAUCCUAGCAGCACUGGUUAAACUUUUCGCGCACAUGCCGAGCUUGAAAGCUAUCGAAAUCCAACAGUGGCAUUGCGACUUGAGUAACUACGGGUUCGUAGACGGCAUCGACAAUGAGGUGAGUGAACAGUUCUCUGGAUGUAGCACGACCUGGAAGCACCUUGAACUGCUAAGCUCUGCUCUCCAAGCGUCAAAUAGUCGCAUCCAGAGUCUAGUCCUCCCGAAGAUUCAUCCGUCCUCUAUAGCAACGAGUGCCGCCUUGGAGCACAUGUUCAGCUCUCUCACUACACUCUCAUUCAACGUCGAGAGUGUGGACUUUCUUCUUGAGUCUCCAAACAACGAAGGCUCGUUGCUUGCUUCGUUGAUUUGUCACGCAUCGGAGACAUUACAAACGCUUGAGUUUCGCAACAUAACUACAUCACAUCCACAACUACCGGAUAUGGGAGAGCACUACAUUGAAAAACUCUUUGGUAGCGUCAGUCCUCCCGCCUCCACAUAUACACCAUUGGUUUUCCCGGCAUUGAAAACUUUGAAGCUACGAAGUCUCCUUUUGGAAACAUCGUCUCUUAUCGGCUUCCUCUCCCAGCAGCCAAAGUUGCAGUAUGCUCAUUUUGAGUACGUCUAUCUCACUAGCAUAGGAUCCAAGUGGCACGACGUCGCGCAAAAGUUGCCACCGUCAUGCAAAAAACUCUACAUUGGUCGUUGUGGACAUGAGAAAUGGGCCUUGAAUUCGCCCGCAGCAUACAAUCAUAUCAAGCCAUUCUUACCCUUCAAAGAAGGAUUCCAAUCUACCUCGGGUUGGCGGCUGAACGAACUGGCUUUCCAAAAGGAAAUGGAUGAUGACCUGCAACGGCAAUUGGAUGCCGGGAUGGCUGGUGUGUUGCCGCCAGAUCAGAUGUAUAUGGGGAAGACGAGAGAAGAAUGGGUGGCUAUGAUGAGACUUGCUAGCGACCAUGCAGAGUUUGAGAGGAUUUGA